AUGGAGUUUCUUGAAAGAACUUAUCUUGUGAAUGACAAGGCCACCAAGAUGUAUGCCUUCACACUAGACAGUGCGGAACUCCGACAGAAGCCCCUGAAUAAAGAUCAAUGUCUUGGAGAGAAGCCAGAGGAGCUGGAGACAGGAGCCUUCUAUCACUGCCACAACAACUUCAAGGCCACUGAGAAUAGGGCAAAGGAACGAGUCCAUGCCAAGUGGAAGCUCUGUGCUGCCUCGGCAAUAUGCUUUGUUUUCAUGAUUGCAGAGGUCGUGGGUGGACACAUUGCUGGGAGUCUUGCUGUCAUCACAGAUGCUGCUCACCUCUUGAUUGACCUGACCAGUUUUCUGCUCAGUCUCUUCUCCUUGUGGUUGUCAUCAAAGCCCUGCUCCAAACGGCUGACAUUUGGAUGGCACCGAAUAGAAAUCCUCGGGGCCCUGCUGUCCAUCCUCUGCGUCUGGGUGGUGACUGGUGUGUUGGUAUACCUGGCAUGUGAACGCCUGCUGCGCCCUGAUUACCAGAUCCAGGCGACUGUGAUGAUUAUCGUCUCAGGCUGCGCAGUGGUGGCCAACGUCAUACUAAGUGUGGUUUUGCAUCAGAGGCGCCCUGGUCACGAUCACAAGGAAGCACAAGCUAAUGCCAGUGUCAGAGCAGCUUUUGUGCAUGCCCUUGGCGAUCUCUUUCAGAGCAUCAGUGUGCUAACAAGUGCACUUAUUAUCUACUUUAAGCCAGACUACAAAAUAGCAGACCCAAUCUGCACAUUUGUCUUUUCCAUCCUGGUUUUGGCUAGCACCAUCACUAUCUUAAAGGACCUCUUCAUCUUACUCAUGGAAGGUGUGCCAAAGGGCCUGAAUUAUGAUGCUGUGAAAGAGCUCAUCUUAGCGGUUGAUGGGGUGGUAUCUGUGCACAGCCUGCAUGUCUGGGCUCUAACAAUGAACCAAGUGAUUCUCUCGGCUCAUGUUGCUACAGCAGCCAGCUGGGACAGCCAGGUGGUUCGGAGAGAAAUUACUAAAGCCCUCUGCAAUAGCUUUACCGUGCACUCAGUCACCAUUCAGAUGGAAUCUCCAGCCGACCAAGACCCUGACUGCCUUUUCUGUGAAGACCCCCGGAACUAGCUCAGUCACUCUGUCAGCUUUCCACGUUUGACAGACCUCUACAUGCUACUAUGCAUUUUCUGGAACAUAAGAAAUAAAGAAUCAAAGGAAGAAAUU